UGUGGUCUGUGGUAUCCAUACGCCGUGGACUCGUCAGAAGUGAUCAAAAGCGUUUGGCGUCGGUUUUGAGAAAUCAUUAUUACGAAAAAAUGACCGUUUACAAGAUCCGCAAUAGAAUAUGACUUGUCCAUUAAAAGGAAAUAAAGGGAAUGAUUGAAGAUUCAUAUUGUGUUUGAAUAAAAUAUCCGUUGCAUAUUUGUGAAGUGAAAAUCAAUGAAUUUACCAAUGAAAAAAGGUUGGUUAUACCUCGCAUACGUUGAACAUAAAUAAAUGGCCGCUUUGUUUAUUUAUAAACUUCAAGAAAAGAAUUUAAUACAAGACUGGGCUUAUGCGAUUGGAGAUAUUCAAUUAAUAGCAAGUGUGGUAUAAACAGUUUCUUCUGCAAGAAGAAUGCAAUAUAUUAGAAUGUAAAUCAGGCUAGGAAAGUGCCUGUAAAAUUGAACAUAAAUCAGGUUUGCGGGCCAGUGAGGCAAGUACGGUACUCUUUGUACUGUGUACCAAAACAAUGUCUGAGAGUCCUAAUAUGGGCCUAUUUGGCUCAAAAGAUGAAAUUAAAGAACCUAAGGAGGCUACAACAUCAAAGGAAACUCUUCCUUCAAUUGUACCAUAUUGCAUCGACAGUGAUUCCGAGAGUUAUGACGAUAAAGCCUUAAGCAUUAUGGAUAUCAAUGAUAUUAUUGGUGUUCAAUCUGAUCCUGUUGGAGAUUCUACAUUGGAAAGUGAAAUUGCUGCUCUUUCUCAAAUUAUUACGGAUUCCAAAAGUGACUCCAAUCAAAAGUUUUUAGACAUUGAUUAUAGUACAUCAAGAGAAGAUACAAAUUUGAAUGAACGUUUUUCUUCUGUUAAGGAUAUUACUCAGCCUAGUAUCCAGGCAAGUGAAAAUACAUUUUUAGGUAGGGAAUCAAAUUUUGUAACUGCUGCUAAACCUAAGUCCACCACCACUGCACAACAAAGUAAGAUUGGAAAUGAACCUGUUGCCAGUGUAUCUAAAAAGGAAUUGAAUACUUCAUCAUCUGAAUCAUGUAACUUGGUUGAGUCCAAGGAAACAGAGUCUGAUGAUGGAGAAUCAAGUAAAACAAUGGAUUUUAUUCAAGAUUCCAACAGUAAAACAGCAGAUAGUAUAACUAUCCCUGAAAAAUGUAAAUUGGAAGAAACUGAAGAAGGUAACGUGGUUGAUAAUGAAGUCCUUGAUAUCAAAGGCAAUGUAGAACCUGAGCAGAAACUGGAGUUACCAGUACGUAAUCCAUCUUCAGAGGAUGUGCUACAACAGACUGAGGAAAUUAAAGAUGAUGUGCAACCUGUGCUUGAUGAAAUACUUAUUUCUGAGAAAGAAAUAGAUCCAGAAUUAACUGGUAUUGAUGGAAAUGCAGAAUUGGUAGCAAAAGAUUCAUUAGAAUUAAAAGUACAAUCAGUACAGAAAGAAGAAUGUGCUAAUGAUAAUUCAGAAAUUCCUAAAACUACGAAUGGAAACGAUUAUAAAACAGAAAAAGAUCAAGGAGGGAAUAAAGUGUCUGAUACCAAUAAUGAAAAACCCGAACCCUCAGAGACAAUACCAACAAUUCAGGCAAAGGCUGAUCAAGAAGAAGUAGAAACAGCUAAGGAACCAGACUGUAAUAUUAAUGAAGUACUAACUAAUACUGAGGAAGUUGAUACAAUUAUAACAGCCAUUCAAGAAGAAAAUACAGAUAGUGAUACGAUCAUUAAUGAAAAGAAUGUUGAUGAGGUUACAUCAAAUGUUCCAAAAGUCAUUCAAGAAGAUGAAGCAAUUCCUUCUGUGGGAACAAAAGAGGAACCAAUAAAAACUGUUGAAACAGAUAAUCAUUCGAUUGAAGCUACGGAAAUAGAAACUGUUGAAAGAAAAGAUGAUAUUCAACAAAAAUUAGACUUGCCUCUACCUCCUGAAAAAUCUAAUGAAGCGAUGCUAGUAGAAGUUGUGAACGAGACAGUGGAAGUAUUAACUGAAGAUAAAGUGGACAGUUCAACAGAAGAAGUGGAUAAUCUAGUUGAAAAAAUGGUAUCACAAGAUCCAAAAAUAAAUGAAAGUAAUAUAAUGUGCGACAUUGCAGAACCUAUAAAAGAGCAGUUGCUUGUAGACGAGUCAUCUCCUGCAGGAAGUGAAGAAGUAGUAUUUGAAAAGAAACCAGAACAGAUAAUUAGUGAACCAGAACUUGCUGAAGAUAAUUUUAUACACGAGUUAAGUCCUGCAAAAGAAGUAAUGGAAAUACCGAAUGAGGAUGACUCGUCAACAACCUCACAUAUUUCUGAUAAUGUUGAAACUCAAGAAACAUUACCAACAGAGCAAGAACCCGCGGGAACUGAAAGUCUAUUACCUGCUGCUGAAGAACCACCAAUUUCGGAAAAAAUUCAGGACGAACAUUUGGUCAAUAAGGAAGCGGACGUUGGUUCAUCUGAAAAAGUAUCUUCGCAAGAUGACCCGCAAAUUAUCGUAUCGAAUGAAGAUUUUGAUGAAGCUCCCCAAAUUUCAAAUACGGUCUUAUGUACUGAAUUUACGCCAGAGAAAGUAGAGAAUGAUCUCACUGAAGUUUCCACUGUGAAGCAAGACGAAAUACAGUCUUCAGAAAGUUCAUUACCAAGAGAAGUUAGUACUGUGGAAGAAGUAGCUGAAAGUUUAGAAAUUGUGAGUGAGAACUUACAGGAUAAAGAGGAAGAGGAUAAACAAAAAUCAGAAGUUGAAGAAGUCAAUACGGAGGAGAUUAUGAAAGUACAGGAAGAGGAAAGAAAAUCUGCUGAAGAUAAAGUAGAACCAGAAAUUGAAAAAGGUGAGAUGAAUGAUGCGUCAAAAACGCAGCUUGAAGAGAAAGACUCAGCUGAGAAUAAAAUUGAAGUUGUAAUUCAAGGUAUUAUGCAACCGAAAGAUAAUGAAGAAAUCGCAAACAGUAUUGCUCAAGUGCCAUCAGAGCUGCAAGAAGAUAACAUUGAAGAUAAUGCUGUGACUGUUGAAGAGAGUCAAUGUAAAACUGAAGAACCAGAGUCUUGUGAUAUUAAAGUCAUCCCUGAGGAUAAAAUUGUGGAAGAUGUAGUACCUGAAGAAAUAGUUGCAAAGACGAGUUCAGAUGAAGAUUUGAAAUUGCCUUUAUCAAAAUCAGAAGAUCUACAACAACAGUCAUUAGAAUGUACUGAGGAUACUACUUCAACAGAUAAAGCAGCAUCAGUUAUUGAAAAGUCAAAGAAUCUGCCUGAAGGACAAGUAAAAGAAUUGGAAGACAUUGGAAAAAAAACCAAACUAAAUCCACCAUUAGAAGUUGAAAAUAAAACUGAAGCUCUUUCAAAAGAGAUAAAGAUAGUUCAAGAGGAACCUGUAGAAGAAAUCCGUAGUCCAUGUCCAGCGGUGGUUACUGAAGUUUUGCCAGAUGAAAAAAUAGAAGUAACAGUAGAUAAAGUAUCUCAAGAAUCUGAUGAUUUAAAAAAUAUUCUAGACACGACAGCAGGAGUAGAUGAAAUGUUCACUGAUGAUCAAUCUCAAGGUACACAAAAUGUGAUGAGGAAUAUUCUCGAUACUGUGGACAACGUAGCAGACAUUCUGAGGAACGUGCAGCCUUCUGCGAUGGUUGAUGAUUUUAAGAGUAUCUUAGCGAAUGAAGUAAGUGUUGAACAAGAGAUUGCUGAAGUUUUAUCUCAUUCCAAUGACUUGCCAUUGGUAGAAGAAAAAGUUGAAGAUCUUCCAGACAAGCUCCCAGAGGAUUCUAGUGACUUGUUGAACAAGGAUUUGGAUGAUCCAAUAGGAACUCAAAAUAUAGAUUCUCUGGAAGGUCUUUUAGGCUUGGACCUGAUACCGGAACCAGAGGAUCCAGUGUUGAAGGUGGAACCAGAAACAUCAAAAGUGAUAGCGGAAUCUCAUGAUGAUGUACAACCCAAGGAAAAAGGAAUGAAUGUACCUUUAUUAUUAGAGGAUUCGGAAGAGCCAGCAGUGACGCCGCAACAUCCAAAUUAUAUAACAGACGUUAUCAGCAACUGUUUAACGACUACAAAUAAGUCAGCGCAAGAAGAUGAUGAUACUAGCGCAAGCAUUGACAAGAUAGUGAGCGACCAUAACGAGGAAAAGAAGUCGACAAAUUUAUCAAAAAUUGCAGAGAAUGUUAUUUCGGAUUCCACUAACAAGGAGGACAAUAAUAUUGAUUCUCAGUGCCAAAUGGAAACAGUCUCAGUGCUGGAGGAAAACGAGUUAGAAAUGUCUUUCGAGUUGACUACAGGUAUCGAAGAGAACCCUUUGGAAGAUGUUAGUGUUUUGGAUAGUGAAUCUAAGCUUGAUUUGGCUGAAGAUCUUUUAUUGGCUACUGCGAGUCAAGCUGAAGUUCUUACUGAUAGUGCAUCACUCAUCAGUGUUUGUCAGCCAAAUUCUGAGAUGUUAGAAUUAGAGAGUGCUGUGAAGUUUUUACAAGAAUCUGAAGAACAAGCUAUAGAUUCGCCAUUGGGAUUAUCACCAAAAAUUAUUCACAGCGCUGUAGAUGAUAUUGUAGAACAGGCUGAUGCUGGAUUAUUUGUGCCCGAAGCCGUUCUUUGUGAAGAUUCCUCAGAAUUGGUUGCUGAAUUACAAGGUAUCGCCUCUGAUCCUAUCGCCAUAUCUGAAGCGGAAAUUAUCUCAGAAGCGACUAAAUUGGAGAACGAGCGUAAGGCUAAACUUUCUGAAACUGCUAAAACUAUUCCGGAGACAUCGCCUUUCUUAGAUAAUGAUUUAUCAGUCUCAGAAAUUGAUAAUAGUUUACCCAGAAGUAAUAUUGGUGUAUUGGCUAUUGCAACACCUAUAGAGGUGGAAGAGAAAAUUAAGGAAAGUUUAGUUAUUAAACAAGAUACAUUGAAUCCGAUAGCAAAGUUGUCAGAAAAUAUCUUGACUAUGUCAGAUUCGCUACCAAAAAUGUCAAUUUUGGAAGAAAGAUUGAAGGAGCCUCCUAAAAUUGAAAUACCCGUACACGAUAUGUCCAGAAUUUGCGAAGCACCAACUACUCCAAAAACAAGUCUUCUUAUUCAGAAAGAUACUAAAAUGGCAGCAUAUCAAAAGAUGUUGGAGUCUCCAAAGAGUGCUGAGAAGACUGAACUCAAGAUCAUGGAUACACCACGUAAGGAUUCCGAGAAGCAUGAUUUUGAGAAUGUUGGUUCCCCAAGAAUAAUAUUAAAAAUUGCCAAAUCCGCAAUAGCCGAUUGCGGUGAACCAAGAUCGCCAAAGAGCCCGAAAAUACGUUCAGCUGCGAACUCACCUAAUCCAGAGGAUAGUCCAGGACAGAAACUGGGUAAGAUUAAAUUGAAAUUAUCAAAGGGUGGUCAUCCCUCGAUUAUUUCAAAUGAGAACGUAGAUGAGAGUGCGCAAUGGCACACAGAAGGCACGUCCUCACCAUCUCCAAUUGGCAUGAAAAUAAAAUUAUCAAAGACUGGAGAUGCUUCUAUCAUUCCUCCAGAUAAGCAUGAAGCCAAUGAUGAGCCUAGGGAGGUGAAGCACAAAUUUGAAGAGGCUAAACGAAAUGAAUCACCUUUAGGAAUGAAGUUUAAAUUAUCGAAGUCGGGCGAUGCUUCGAUUGUCCAACAAGAUUUCAAGGAGACAAUGUCAAAGCAUAAAGAAAAAUCCGAUGUGGCUCAGGAAGCUCCAAAGAGAACCGAAUCGCCACUUGGUAUGAAGAUCAAAUUGUCAAAAUAUGGUGAUGCUUCGAUUAUUCAACCCGACAAACAGGAGGAGCAUCGAGAUAAAUUAGAAAACAUUCAGGAAAUUCCGAAGAGGACAGAAUCGCCAAUUGGUAUGAAGUUCAAACUCUCAAAAACUGGUGAUGCCUCGAUAGUGCCGUCUGAUUUGCCUGAGGAAAGUAGGGAGUCGAAGCCAAGAGAGAAGUCAGAAGUACCUCAAGAGAUUCCAAAGAGGACUGAUUCGCCUAUUGGAAUGAAAAUAAAAUUAUCAAAGACAAGAGGAGGUGCAUCAAUUAUACAACCAGAUUCUAUUGAGGAGUCUAAGGACAAAUUGGAAAUACCAGAUGUACCAAAACGUACAGAAUCUCCACUAGGGAUGAAAAUAAAAUUAUCCAAAUCUGGAGAUGCUUCAAUUAUUCAUACUGAAGUUACCGAAGAGCCUAAAGAAUUUUCAUCAAAGUAUAAAGAAAAGUCGGAAUUGGCUUCAGAGACGGGAAAACAACUGGAAUCCCCAAUUGGAGUAAAAAUCAAGGUAACGAGAUCAGGUGAGGCAUCUAUAAUACCACCGGAAUCAUCAGAAGAGACAGAGAGUCUUCAGGAUAUGCCCAAGAGAACAGAGUCAUCGAUUGGUAUGAAAAUAAAAUUAUCAAAGAGUGGAGAUGCUUCCAUUAUUCAUCCUGAUAAAGAGGACGUCGUCGAGGAACAGAAAUUUAAGGAGAGAACCGAGCCGCAUCCCCUGGACAUCCCUAAAAGAACAGAAUCGCCAAUUGGAAUGAAAAUCAAAUUAUCAAAAACUGGAGAUGCAUCGAUAAUUCAAUCGGAAUUACCAGAGGAAACUAAAGAAUCCGUAGCCAGAACAGUACUGGCGGAGAAACCUGAAGUAGAGAUUCCCAAACAAUCUGACUCUCCACUUGGUAUGAAGAUAAAACUAUCAAAGACAGGUGAUGCUUCUAUAGUGGAAUCCGAGAAGAGAGAAAAAUCUCAAAAAAGAAAAGAAAUUGACUCUCCCUUAGAGAUGAAGAUUAAAUUAUCAAAGACUGGUCAUCCGACUAUAGUUACUUCUGAGACUUAUGGGGAAACUUCACAAAAGAUUAAAGAGUCUCACGAUCAAGGUUCACCUCAAAAACACAAAGAUCCGGACACUUCCAAGGAAUCUCCAUUGAAAAUGCUCAAAACCGCACAUUCAAAUAUCCUACAAGGUAAUCGAACUGAAUUGACUAUCGAACCAGUUCAAUUACCAGCUAAAAGGCAAGAUGGUGGAGUCGAGUUAUCACCAAAGCGUAAGGAAGUUAUGAUUUCUCCGGUAGAAGUAAAGAAAUCAAAACUGGAAACAAAACUGUCACAAAUCCUACCAGAGGUAACGAUACAGCCAGUAACGUCAAGAGAACAAAAACAAAUGUUGUUCGAGUCAAAGAACAGUGCGAUCAGCAAGCAACAGAUGAAUGUGAUAAGUCAAGAGAUCAGUAUUACUCAAGUGAGAUCACACAAGCCUCCCGAUCUUAGCAUGAGUGAAAAACUUAAAGAUAUACUAAACAAGAAUCCUUCAAGUUCGCCUAUGAGUUCGGAUUGUGAGAUAAUUGAACAUCGACCAGAGUUGAUCAUCGUUAAUGAGAAUUCAAAUUCAAGUCAGGAUGUUGUUAUCAUCGAAGAGGUUCAACAAGUUCAACCUUCACCUCAAGCAAAGCUUCCUAAGAAAAGAGGUAGACCCAGAAGAAUACAACCACCACUACUUAUUGGUCCACCUACAGAUCCUCUGGCAUUGGAUCAAGCUAUUCCCAAAGCAACUCCAAAAGAACCCAGAGAAAACGAGAGACCGAAGCGUACCUGUAGAAGUCAGAAAAGUUAUGCUCCACCUAAAAGAGGACGUGGUCGAGGUCGUGGAAAAAGAAAAAUGGACAAGCUCGAAGUUCCCCUAGGAAAGAAACCAAGAAUAGACGAGGAUUUGACUCUGAUUGAAAAUUCCACCAUGGGACUGAUUACCCUGGACAAUUCGAUUCCUCAGCGUGAAAUGUCAGCGACGAAAACUUCUGAACUAUACAAGGCCCUGAAACAACCUCCCAUGGAUCGUAAAGGUAUAAGUACUUUGAUGAAAAUUGGACACCAAAGUAGUUCCAGCGUUCAGAAGGAAUUGGAAUUGCAAAUGGAGUCCUACAAGGAUGCACUCGCUACAAGCUCAAGAGUUCAGAUCCAAACAGGACCCAUGAUAAUAACACAACAAUUAUUAGACAGAAAGGAUGAAAAUAUUCCGAUGCAAUUAAUGCCGGGGAUUAUGGGAAAAUCUGAAAUCUUAAUUAACGACAAAAAGUCAAUCCACAAGCUCGUCGAGGAGGCAAAAUCCCAUCCUGUGGACAGUAAGGAUAUACUUAUAGUGCCAGAACAUCAAAAUUGGUUAACACCAUCUGCUAAGAGGCAAACCGAAGUGGCAGCUAGAACCGAGACAAUCUCAUCCGUUCAAGUGAUCGACGAGGAGACCAGAAUGAGUGCGGAAUCAAACUCAAGAUCACACACUCCAGCUAGGAACAUGACAGUGCCAACCUCGGAAACGAUAGUCAAUGAGGAAUCUCAAGGGAGCGUUCUCAGCACGGCGACAACCGAGUCGGAGAAGGUGAAGGUAAAGAAUCGAAGAAUGGAAAUAAAUUUUGAUCCCGACGAAGGUCCCUUCACCGUCGACAAAAUCGCCGAAUAUGAAUGGCCCUUGGACCGCAAGGGUGAGACCUUUAUGAUCCAGGAACAGAUAUCCCAGUACCUUGGUGUCAAGUCAUUCAAGAGAAAAUAUCCAGAUUUGAAAAGAAGAAUGGUCGACAUGGAGGAAAGGAAUUAUCUAAGAGAAAACGCACUUGUCAGCGAAGCCAUGUGCGACAUGGGACUGACAGCUGUCUGCAGUUCAGAAGUACUGGAUGUGAUGUGUAGCGAUUUUCCUGAUCAGUACGAAGAAUAUCGUAAACACAUGAGAGAGAAACAAGUGAAGGAACAUUCAAAGAAGCAAAAGGAGUUAACAGCAGCAGCAAACGCCGAGAGGAACAGGAUAGACCUGGCGGAAAUGGCGGUACAGUCGGCCCUCUCUUGGAAUGUGAAUCUCAACAAAGCACGCAGAGAAAGUCGGAAAUGCAGUCUAGAUCUACAAAGCUUCACUAUUCACGUACCUAAAAAACAACUGAAGGUCGAGACUGAAAGAGAAAUCAGUCAUUAUCCUGUGGCAUUGAUACCCGGACAGUACACUGAUUACUAUCGCGAAUACACGCCAGCUGAAUUGAGAUACUACCCAUUGAACACUGUGCUAUACGGACCAAUGAGACCGAACGAACGUAAAUUUGACAGCCAGUCGGAAGGUUCACAGAGUGACAGUGAUAGUGACUCAUCGUCGGAUGAUUCGAGUUCAUCGUCCAGUGAAGGCACCCAGGAUACAGAGGAAUCUCAGUCGACGAUGGACGAGGUGGACAUGGAAAUAGCAGCGCAAAAGGAUGAGAACAAAAGUGCAAAGUGUAAAAUGUGCCUGAAGAGUUUGAACAAGCAAAACAAAUACGAAGUACUGAUACAAUGCGGCACGUGCAAUGGAAAUGUUCAUCCCUCGUGCAUAGAUCUGACACUAGACAUGGUGCCUCACAUUCGAGCUUACUCCUGGCAAUGUACAGAUUGUAAAACAUGUGUACAAUGUCAUGAUCCUGCAGAUGAGGAUAAGAUGCUCUUCUGUGACAUGUGCGACCGGGGCUACCAUAUUUACUGCGUUGGUCUGAGACGUGUACCGCAAGGAAGAUGGCACUGUCAGGAAUGUGCAGUCUGUGCAAGUUGUGGCUCCAGAGAAGCCGGUGGUGCGAAUUCGGAUAGAAACAGCGUAGCUUUGUGGCAGCACGAGUAUAAGAAGGGCGAGAGAAACACUCGUGUUUACGUAUCGACCUUCUGCGUACCUUGUUCGAAGCUAUGGCGAAAGGGUCGCUAUUGCCCACACUGCAGUCGAUGUCACACUGCCCCACGGCUCGACCUGGAAGCGAACCUAGUGCAUUGCAGCGCAUGUGACAAAUAUCUGCACUUAGUUCCAGCUGAAAAAAUUCGUGUUGGUCGUGAUUAUCAAGUCAUUGUUCCAGAAUUUGUUCCAGUUAAUGAACGACGCUUGGAUCAAUGCCCUGACCGGGCUUUACUCGUCUGGUCUCCAACAACAGAUAUUCCUGAUCAAAAAUUGGAUGAGUAUAUUAUAUUAGCAAAAGAAAAAUAUGGUUACAAUGGCGAACAGGCACUGGGGAUGCUUUUCUGGCACAAACACAAUUUGGAACGUGCUGUUCUGGACCUGGCGAAUUUCACACCAUUUCCUGAUGAAUGGACGGUUGAAGAUAAAGUUUUAUUCGAACAAGCCUUUCAAUUUCAUGGAAAAAGUUUUCAUCGGAUUCGUCAAAUGCUUCCAGACAAAUCCAUAGCUAGUUUAGUUAAAUAUUACUACAGUUGGAAAAAAACACGAACCAGAACGUCAUUAAUGGACAGACAAGCCCGAAAACUAACAAGCGGCGGUAAGGAAGGAGAGAAUGGAAGUGAAAAUGGAAGCGAAUUGGGUUCCAACACUGAUAGCGAGUCCGAGGAAAAAAAAUGGACGAUCCACCGCGGAAUACGCCGUGGAAAGAACCAAGCAGUGCCAGGAAGCCAAGGCGCAGACGCUAAGGCCUCGUCCGACUCGGAAAACGUCCCUCAGGUUCAGGGUUCAUGUAGCAACUGCGGCGUUGCUUGUCAUAGUGUUCGUGCGACGCCCAAGGGACACGCGUGUCAUAGCUGCUAUCUGCACUGGAGGCGCACUGGUGUUGCGAGGCCACUGAGUUCCAUGCCGGGUCGUUCGAACAAAAGAAAACCUCCCCGUGGACUGGUUGUAAAUCACGAUGACUUGGCGGCAUUGGCUGGCCAGCCGAACCAAGCGAGCAACAGCCUACAAGCUAUUGACACCGAAAUCGUUAGCCUCAAGCGACAAAUCCAAUCGAACAAACAGCAAGUGAGUGCAUUGAAACGUAAAACUGUCGAUGGGAUUGAUGAUCUACGACCACCUGAGGUAUCCAGUCGUAUAAAUGCACGAUGGACCAACGACGAGUUACUCUUAGCUGUACAAGGUGUCCGAAAAUAUGGCAAAGACUUCUCCGCAAUUGCUGAUGUCAUUGGUACAAAGACAGAGGCCCACCUACGAUCGUUCUUUGUGAACUAUCGACGAAGAUAUAAUUUGGAUGCUGUGCUGAAAGAGUACGAAGCUGAGAAUGGACCUAUUCUUAUUGACGAUGAGAAGGAGGAAAAGAUGGAAGUUGAUCAGACCUCAAGCAACGAGACAGCGGAAACAUCACAGAAAGCGAAAGCUUCCGUUGGCCCCGGUCAGACGGCUAAAUAACAAACAAACAGCUUAAUAAGUACCAGUAAACGGGAAAAAUUAACUUAAAACUAUGAAUAAUGAAAUUAUUAGGCGAGAAGAAGCGUUCGUGUCCUGAAAUUUGUGAGGAUCGUAAGGAUUGUCGGACUCGACGCUUCGUCAAGAGGUUUGUGAAAUAUUCGAAUUUAAUAAUCGUGAUUCUCAGACAGUAGCGCUGCCAGAGAACGGAUGAAAGUGUACGCUGAAAGUUUUUUCAAACGGUGUUGAUUUAUUUUUAAUUCUAAAUAUUGCUGACGAUCACUAGGUAGUCGAGGUACGAUAUUUAAUAUAGGACGCUCAGGGAUUCCUCAUGUUCUACAGCUUCUAGCCAUGCACACCUUGUUCUAACGCAAUUAAGACAAAUAAAUUGUGCCCUAAAUCAGAAAAAGUCAGUGAUUGUUUAAAAAUUACAGAAAAUAACGCCUCAUUUAUGGAUUGCUAGUAUUUUCAGGGACUUUAAAGACUUAUCGCGAGCAAUAAGUUGCCCACUGAAGGACAAUGAACAAUUUCACACGGCUGGUCCGAUCUUUGUGACUCACAAAUACGCGCACGGGUCUCUAGUGAAUCUACCUUACAUUGACUUUCCUAAAGAGACAACCUCAAGCGUCAAUUCGUAAAGAUCCCACUUGAUGUACAGUUCGCACAGUAACACAAAACUCAUUUCACGGACAUACAUUUUUGUGAGUUUUAAAUGUUGAGGCUAACGAGGAAAGAACAAAAAAAGAAGCACAUAUCGUGACUGCACCAAAGAGACACGCGAACAA